GCAGCCUCACUGACUUAUUCCCUCCAAGACUACGAGCUUGAUCUCAAAUCCCAAGAGAUGAUGUCCAACGUCAACUCCGAGUGCCAGCCUGGCUGCGAGGUGGCCUGCACCCAGCCCUGUGCCUACAGCAGGAGCCUGGAGCCCUGCAUCGCCUCCUGUGGGGACUCCAAAGCCGUGGUGUUCCCUCCUCCCGUGGUCCUCACCUUCCCGGGCCCCACCAUGAGCACCUGCUCCCAGGAGAGCAUAGUGGGAGCGUCCCAACCCAUGGUGAUGGGUGCUCCCCUCGCCAGCAUCUCCGAUGAGCCCUACGGGGUGGGCAGCUCCUUCGGGCCUGGGGGCAUGGCUGGGGCAGGACCCUCCUUCGGAUCCGGGGGCUCCUUUGGCUACGGGGGCUCCUCGGGGAUGGGGGGUCCCGUGGGAUAUGGGGGUUCCUUUGGUUACGGAAUGCAGAGUUCCCGUGGGUCCUGUGGCUACGGGGGCGUGCUGGGGGCCAGGGGUUCCUUUGGGUCUGGGGGUGCCUGUGGCUACGGAGGCUCCCUGGGAAUGGGGGGCUCCUCGUACAGCCGGAGGUUCCGCAGCACCCGCGGCGGAUCCUGUGUGGGGAGCUGGGGCUCAUCCUAAGGCCGAACAACCCAGAGGAUGGAAACCCAGGAUCCAGCUCCACUUCCAGGCCUGGAAUUCCAAGGCUGAUCCCUGAAAACCAGGCCCACGUCUCUUCCUGCUGUGCCUCAUCUUCAAUCAAACCCCGCUCCGUGGGACGACGCCUCUCCUGGAACUCUUUAAUUAAUCUUGUUCCUGUGUCCUUUCUGCUGGGGUGGGAAUGCUUCAGAAUUCCACGUGGGGCUUUCUGUAAAGGCCACGGCUUCACCUUGUGGGGAUGGCCUGGCUGCCCUGGCACCACCCAUGAAUUGCUCUGUUUUGUUCUGUUUCAUUUAUUUCACCCUAAUAAAAAUCUUUCCAAAUUGC